GCGCGCGCGCAUUCACAGAGACAAUACUAAGUUCAAAGUAAUGGGUUGUAUUAUAAAAGUAUUAAAAAUGUCACGCUAAUAAUAAACGUACGGCGCAAAAAACUUAAGUAAAGUCUAGGUGAAAAAUAAAUCCCAAAAAGUACCAUGGCUACGGCUUAUAUAAAGGAUGAACAAGAAGGUACCUUUAUACCCGCCAGUCAACGACCAGAUGGGACUUGGAGGAAACCUAGAAGAGUAAAAGAUGGUUAUGUGCCCCAAGAAGAAGUACCAUUGUAUGAAAGUAAAGGAAAGCAAUUUGUAAAGAAUAAACCAACAUAUCCUAUUGGUAUGUCUGCGGAAUACGUAGCAGCUCACAAUGCAAAAAGAGAUAUGGAAGCAGCCAAGUCAAAAUCGAUUCCAGGUCUUGUUAUAGCAACCGAAACGAAGAAAAAGAAGAAGAAGAACAAAAAUAAAGGAGUUGCUUCCCUUGCAGAAGAUCUCAGCAAAACUGCAAUAUCAGAGCAGUCAGCAUCUGUAAAAAAACAACGAUCUGCGAAUGAAAAAUCUAAAUUCACCAACAAACCAACUAGCAACGAAACGCCAAAUAAACAAAUAUCAACAAUGGAUCCUUUAAAAAGGUUAAAAAAUCUCAGAAAAAAAAUUAGAGAAAUUGAAUCGCUAGAAAAGAAAAUUGAUAAUGGAGAAAUCAAAAAUCCUGAUAAAGAAAUGCUCGAUAAGGUAUUGAGAAAAGUUGAAAUCCAACAAGAAAUCAAGCAACUUGAAGCUAAUCAAUAAUUAUAAUGCUUCAUAUUGGAGCUUUUAUAAAAAAUAGAUUUUGUGUCACUUAAAUUUUUGACCAACGAUAAGAAAUGAACGGUGGUGCAUCAAAAUCUACUGUUAUAAUGUGUGAUUUUACUGAAUAUAUACUUUUUACAUUGUAUUUAUUUAAUAAGUAGAUUAACUACUUAAGUCAUAUUGAUAUGUAUAAAUUUAUUUCUAAAAAGUAAAAAGAAAAAAAGCUAAUAUCAUAAAUAUUGCAGUAUC